CCUCUCGUCAAAUCGCGGGGCAUUGUGGGGCGGAAGGCGGCCUUUCUCUGGCGCAUACAGUCAGUGGUUCUCUAGUAAAUAACGUUCAGGCAGCCUCACUGUGCAUCGUCGAGCCUUAAAUAGAAGCCUAUAUAAAAACACCUUCAUUUCACAGCGACAUGGGACAGGAGGAUCUCAUGAAUACCGCCGAGGACGUGGCAGAUCAGUUCCUGCGGGUGACCAAACAGUACCUACCACACCUGGCGCGCCUGUGUCUCAUCAGCACCUUCCUGGAGGAUGGCAUUCGCAUGUGGUUCCAGUGGAAUGAGCAGAGAGACUACAUUGAGGCAACCUGGAGCUGCGGCUACUUCCUGGCUACCUGCUUUGUGCUGCUUAAUCUUUUAGGGCAACUGGGUGGCUGCAUCCUCAUCCUCAGUAGAAAUUUCGUCCAAUACGCUUGCUUCGGCCUGUUUGGCAUCAUCGCACUACAGACUGUCGCAUACAGCAUUUUAUGGGACCUCAAGUUUUUGAUGAGAAAUCUGGCUCUGGGUGGUGGUCUGCUCCUUCUACUGGCUGAGUCCCGCUCAGAAGGAAAGAGCAUGUUCGCUGGCGUGCCGUCGAUGGGAGAGAGUUCACCGAAGCAGUACAUGCAGCUGGGCGGUCGAGUGCUGCUCGUGCUUAUGUUCAUGACUCUGCUGCACUUCGACGCCAGCUUCUUCUCUAUCCUGCAGAACAUGGUCGGCACUGCCCUCAUCAUCCUGGUGGCCAUCGGCUUCAAGACCAAACUAGCCGCCCUGACCCUGGUGGUGUGGCUCCUGGCCAUCAACUUCUACUUCAACGCCUUCUGGACCAUCCCGGCUUACAAGCCCAUGCAUGACUUUCUCAAGUACGACUUCUUCCAGACGACUUCGGUCAUUGGAGGCCUGCUGCUGGUGGUUGCUCUGGGACCCGGCGGAGUGUCCAUGGACGAGAAGAAGAAGGAGUGGUAGACUCAGUCAGGGUUUGAAUUUAGAGGCCUGCACAGCACCACUAACUAGCCCUCAACAACUGGGACACAAAGACCCCCGUUCUCUGCCGGUUCAUCCACCUGGAGGAAACCUUUAUUUUCUAGAUUACUUGUCUUUGGCCAAAUCUUUAGAUACCGACGCGCCUACCAAGGACAUUGCCAUUGUUCGGAUUUCUUUUCUCCCCCUUUUGUCAUUUUAUUUGCAAUAACAUGUCUCUUUAUGUAAGCGGAUGUUUUUUGUAUAACUUAAAGAAUGAAACUGCUCCUGUAUUUCAGAGAUAAACAAUCAAUAAAUACAUGAAAGAUAAGCUAGAUCCUCUUUUCAGAUUGUCAUCAACAAGCUUUUUUUUUUUUUUUUUUUAAAGGGAACCAGGUACAGUAGAUAUGAGUCUUUAUCACAGCGACUUCAAAACUACAGGUGUUUCUACACACUUGACCGAUGAGCGAUGUUGUGUUGGACACAACAAAAAAGGUUUAUAUCUCUGUUUCAAAUUACAACAUCGCUGUUAGUUCCAGGAUUUGUUGUUGGGCACAUUGGCGUGCAGGUUCUUGGCACUGCCUCUAUAUAACUGUAUGUGAUCAGGUGAAUUUCCAGAAGCAACCUCGUCGUCGUCUCUUAAGAUCCCACCUAAGCAAAGAGGACUAAGCAGAGUCACCACCCGCCUGGACUUUGUCUUUGCUCAGUGUUUCUUGUCCAGUGUAAGAAAAACAAAAUUCAGUGUAUUGAUUUCCAGAAGUUUAUAUUGUAUUUUUGGUCAUUUUGUUAUUUUUGAUUUUUGGACGUUCAUUGCAAACAA